AUGUCGCGGAUCAGAACCACGCUGGACAGCGUCACCAAGGCGGUUGGCAGCACUGACCUCAUUUCCAGGUUCUCCCGUCUCAAGCCUAGCAGUGCUACAGCUGGUGGUACCAAUGCAGACAAGGUUCUGGUCAAAGCAGAGCCUUUAGCCUCCAACAAUACAGCCACAGCCACACCAGCUGACACCAGGGAAAACACCAUGAAACCGCCAGAACAAGACCAGGAGAAAGUAGUGGAGGAAGAGUCAAACAAGCAGCAGCAGCAAGUUCCAGAAACACCUUUUGUUGCCGCCAAGAUGCCCAAACCUAGUCUUGCAGCAGCAGCAAGUGCAUCUGUAGCAAACUCUUCCUCGACCGUGGCCAAACAAACUUUGCAGCUGUUUCACCCAACAGCUCUCUCAGCCAACAUGGAUGAGACCUACAGCACUCUGGCUAAGCAUGUCAACAGCUACUUUGGCAGCAGCACACACAAUCAGGGGGAAGACUGCUCUGACACGCCUCAUCAUCAGCAGCAGAGCAAAGGGGAUGCUCCUGUUUCUGAGCCUGUGGUCAUCCCUGUGCCUCAGUGUGCCGGAGAACACAUUCCGGUUUUGUCUCCAGUGGCAGAAGCUAAGUCUGUUGAAACCACUACUACCUCUCCACUCCCUACUCCUCCCCCAGACAAAGUCAGCCCUCCAGUAGGGGCGCCCUCCUCUGAUACCCCAGCACCAGAAAGUGCAGCUCCCAUGCCAGCUACCUCUCCUAAGAAAGGCUUCACCCACUAUUUGUCCUACCCUCGGCCGAGUGUUCAGGCAUUCGUUGGCAGCUACAUCGCACCACUCGUUCCAAAGUUCAGUCGUGAUUCUAAAAGCAUCACAGUUGAGAAAGACAAGUCUCCCUCAUCUGAUGCCGAAGAGGAUGGAGAGAAGGCAGUGGAGAAGACAGAAAGUGAGGAGGAGAAAACCGAGAAGGCCAGGCAACUGCUGCUGACUCAAAGAGAGAAGAUUAUAGCCAGGGUGAGUGUGGACAACAGGACCAGAGCUCUGGUGAAAGGCUUGCACAGAGUCACUGACGUCAGACUACUUACUAAUCGAGUAGAGGAGCUCAGCUAUCACCUCCUGGAGUUCCCUGAGACUCGAGGUGUGGCCAUUAAGGAGAGUGUGCUGCCCUGCCUGCUGCGAUUGCGCCAGGCUAGAGAUCUUCCUCUUCAAGCUGCUGUCCGAGAAGCGCUGGCCCUGGUGGGCUACACUGACCCAGUCAGAGGCAGAGGGAUUCGGGUGCUGGCUAUAGAUGGAGGGGGAACAAGAGGACUGGUGGCCUUGCAGACUCUCUACAAGUUGCAGAGCCUGACAGGCAAACCCAUCCACCAGCUCUUUGACUACAUCUGCGGAGUCAGCACAGGUGCCAUCCUGGCCUUCAUGCUGGGGGUGUUUCAGAUUCCCCUGGACGAGUGUGAGGAGAUGUACAGGAAGCUGGGCUCGGACGUCUUCAAGCAGAAUGUCAUUGUCGGCACCGUGAAGAUGGGCUGGAGCCAUGCCUUCUACGACAGCGAAGUCUGGGAAAACAUCCUGAAGGAAAGGAUGGGUGAGGGGCUUAUGGUUGAAAGUGCCAGGGACCCAAACUGCCCUAAAGUAUCAGCAGUGAGCACCAUUGUGAACAGGGGUCUGCCUCUAAAGGCCUAUGUGUUCAGAAACUACAGGCUCAUGCCAGGGGUGAGAUCUCACUACCUUGGCGACUGCAAACACAAAAUGUGGCAGGCAAUCCGGGCCUCAUCUGCUGCCCCGGGCUACUUCCAGGAGUUUGUGCUGGGAAAAGACCUCCACCAGGACGGAGGCCUCCUGAUAAACAACCCCACAGCGUUGGCCAUCCAUGAGUGUAAGUGUCUGUGGCCCAACACACCAGUGCAGUGUGUGGUGUCUCUGGGCACCGGACGUUACGAGACGGGGGGGAAGAACAGCACCACAUACACCAGCCUCAAGGCCAAGCUCACCAACGUCAUCAGCAGUGCCACUGAUACUGAGGAGGUGCACACCAUGCUGGAUGCCCUCCUGCCACCCGACACCUACUUCCGCUUCAAUCCCUACAUGAGCGAGGACAUCCCAUUGGACGAGAGCCGGCGGGAGAGGCUGAACCUCCUCAAGACCGAGGGUGAGCGCUACCUGGAGCGCAACGAGGCCAAGCUGAGGAAGGCGGCCAGCGUGCUGAGCCAGGAGAAGAGCGCCAUUCAGAGGCUGGCCGAGUGGGCCAAACUGAAGGCUGACAUGUACGAAGGCCUCCCCUUCGUCUCCAAGCUGUAGGGGUCAGUAUGCUGUGUGACAAUAAGAAGACCUGGCCUGCAAAACUCAUGAGACCAAGACCUCAUAGUGAAAAAUUCAGAAAAGAAAAUAGAACAAAUUGGAACGUCUGCUGUACCUGUGCUGUUUGGUCAUUAAUUCUUUUUGGAGAAUCCACAGCUACAGCGACAGCUUCCAGAGGCAGUUUGGAAUGAAGUACCAAAUCUCGCCUUGAUUACAGUUUGACCCUCAUGCCGCUGACACACGAAGGACAAUUUAGGAACUAGGACUGAUUUCAAAAGGAGAGACAUAAAAAGUGUGAGGUAACUGAUGUGAGAUGAAUUGUUUAUGCCCUAUGUAAGAGAGUAUGUGUCUCCUGAGACAGAGAUGAUAUCCCCUAUGAAUAUAGUUUGGCAAAUAUUGAUACUUUAUGAGGAAAUCAUAGAUUUGAUUGAUCAGAAAUAGGAAUUUCCUGUAUGUGUAAGUAAGUUCAUGAAUGAAUGAAUUGACAGGAACUGUUUGUUGGGUGAUUUGGCUGUGGAGCACACAAGGAAGGUACUUGUGGCAGGACACAUGUCAGUGUUAUUGGCAAUUUAUGCCAUUGUGAUAACUAUAGAUUUUUUAAAAUUCAAAAUAAUGCAUAUAUGACUGGUAUUUCAAAUACAUCUCAUUCCCGGUAACUUGAAUGCAUUGAAAUUCAUUUCAUAAUUUAAUAGAGGACAUCAACAGGACUGCCUGUUUCUAACACUGUACUGAAAAAGGACUUCAUGCACUUUGUAAAAUUAUAGUCUUAACUUGUCUGUUAGGAUGGAAAUGUAAAUAAUGAUUUAAGUGAUAAUCAAUUGUCUAAGUGUUCUUGGUUGAGUUAAAGAAUAUAGCAUAACAAAAGCACAUGCUUUUUAUGAAGAGAAACACAGCUACUUCUUGAGUUUCAUUGUCCUCAAAUGUAAUAGUGGUGCUCGCCACACUGUAAUUCACUCUGAUCCCUUGGAUGAAAAACAGUACCGUUAUUGUCAUGGUGAUAAGCAUGCUCUGCUCUGUCUGAGCCAUGUGCUAUGGACCACGAGUUAUUUCUGGGGGUUGACAAUAAGAAGUUUUUUGCACUUACCCCUGAGCAUGCUCGAACCUAAUUCCUCCUCCUCAGCUAAUGUUAGUGUACCUUUCACUUUAUAACACUUGACACACUUUUAUAAAUUGUGAGAACUAACCUAACUGCCUUGAUUCCUCCCUUCUUCAGUGCUUGGUGGAACAUGUAAAAAAAAACUAAACCUGAAAUUGUUGUGAAAAAAUAAAACUUGGUUUCCAAAA